AUGGAGUUCAUAAGAUACCAUAUCGUUUUUUGUGCAUUUUUUCAUAUUUUCCAGGGAAAACCUUAUGGAAUACCUCAUAGCUCAUCGCAGUCAGCAUCAGAGCCGAUCGCACAAUGGACGAUAUUUCACUGCUGCUUCGCUUUGCUUGAGCAACAGCGUCGAUUGUUGGAUGGUCUGGAUGUGGAUGAGAUGCCAUUUUACGAUAUCGAUCAAAGCAUUAUUCAACGUAUUUUGAGCAAAAAAACUAACGGGCUCUUUUUAAAAUGCCCUGUUGUAGAUGGCGAAACAGAAGUGGAUCUACUGGUUCCGGUUGAAAGUGCUCUCAACAGUGAUCCCCGGGUAUUCAGAGCGAAAGGCAUUGACAGUUUGCCGGCCAUCGGUAUUCAGCGCGGAGUGGAGAUCGCCGUUCCGUACCGGCUGUACCUGCCACGCCGCUUCUUCCCUCAGUUCUCAUUGUUGGCGUCAGUGAAGCCGAUGGAUCGUCGUGGGGGCUAUUUGUUCGCCAUCGUCAAUCCCUACGAUACAUUAGUCGACGUGGGCGUACUGCUCGAGCCUGCAGGAUCGGGUCAGACGAACAUCUCGCUGAUCUACUCGUCUCGCCGCGACGCAACGUCGCACGCGAUUGCUUCGUUCGUCGUGCCCGAGUUUGUGCAGCAGUGGACGCAGAUCGCUUUUGAGGUGAACAAGGACUCGGUCACACUCUACUUCAAGUGUAUUCGCUUCGCUGAACGUGAGGUAGGUCAUAGACAUAGAGAAAUCGUCGUUUAUUAA